ACUAGCAACGGCACCCCGAGUUCGGUCGUCGUAGAAAACCACAAGAUGAACGGUUCAGUGGUGGUAGCGCCUCCAUCGGCUCCUUUGGCUCCUUCAGCAGUACAGGUGCCAAUACCGCCUCCUCGGGAGCACCUGCGCAUCGAGAAAGAUGGACGGCUGGUGAAUAGAGCACCAGCGCCGCAGGUUCCGGCGAGAGGCACGACUACUAUUGCUGCAGCACCGACAUCAGGAGCGGUGCAGCCUACUGUGGAGCAGUUGGAGAGCAUGAGGAAAUAUCAGGAUCAAUUACGUCGCCGCAGAGAACAACAGCAGCAGCAGGAGCAAGAGCAACAGCUACUGCGCGCCUCUCUCAGAGGUUCGGCGAAGCUCCGUGCCCUGCAGCAGCAAACACCUCAACAAGUUGCAGCACAGAAGCAGCAGGCCCUGAAAGGAACCCUCAAUGAAGCAUACGAACCUCAUGAAGAUGAGAUUCUGGAUGAUAGCGAUAAAGAGGUUGGCGACGAAGAGGUUAAAGCACCUGGAAUUACGA